CAUCCAUUCUUCUUCACCAUGGGAUCACCGGGCAUACCGUUGGAUGCAGGGGCGUUAAUGUCGACAGUGCUGGAAGGAAUUUUAUAUGGCUUUUCGAUACUCUUGUUCAUUGGUACCAUCUGGUCUUUGACCCACAAACGUCACAUGCAAGAUAUUAAUCUCCCAAUUCUUAUUGUGGCAGUUCUGCUGCUAAUACUGAGUACUGCGCACAUGGUCGUGAAUAUCAUCAGAGCCGAAGACGGAUUGGUGAAGUAUGCCAACACGUACACAGGCGGACCAUCAGCAUAUUUCGCAGAUGUCUCACAAAAGACUUAUGUAAUAAAACAUUCGUUUUAUGUGAUGCAAACUCUUCUUGCCGAUGGUGUAGUGAUUUACCGUUGCUAUGUCGUUUGGCAAUCCGUUUGGAUUAUCGUCCUACCGAUUAUAUUGUGGUGCAGUGUUGCAGCGACUGGUGUCAUCGCAAUUUACAGCGUCUCGCAAGCCAGUACUGGCUCCGGGAUCUUCGUCGAAGCGCUUGCCCGAUGGGUCGCGGCGUUCUUUGCCUCGACAAUCGCAACUAAUUUGCUGAGCUCAGGAUUACUGGCAUAUCGUAUCUGGGUCAUCCAACGCGGCGUCUCUGGGGUUAACUCUGCAGUGAGGGGCACUGUGAUGCCGAUAGUGCGCGUGCUCGUGGAUGCCGCUAUUUUGUACUCCGCGGCGCUAUUUACUGCACUGGUGUUGUUCGUCUGCGGAAACAAUGGACAGGACGCUGUCGUAGACAUGGCCAUGCCGAUCAUGUCGAUUGCCUUCUAUAUGGUGCUUAUUCGCGUCGCACUCAACAAGAAAGAUCGCAGUUAUAUCUCGACUACUAGUAUCAGUAUUCCUAGACGAACGACCAGCGAGGCAGAACAAGAACAGUCACGACAAUAUGCCAUGAAGCCUUUGCGAGUCCAUGUAUCCAAAUUUACACAUCAAGACCAACCAUCGACAUGCACAGCGGAGUCUGCGGAAGGGGCGCCUUCGCAUUACGACGUGUAAUCAGCCUGAUAACCACAUGUUUUGAAGACUUGCAAGAAUAUGACGCUUGAUCCGCUCAACUACGAUACACGCAUAAAACGCACACAGGUGAUAAACGCACAAAGUUGCGUACCUUUGCCGAGAUGUACAUACCAGGAUGCUUUUGGUACUUUGGGUGACUUCCCAUUUUGGGAGCACCCUGUGUCCUGUCGAGCUCAAAUACCCGCCUAAUCAUUCUCCCUUUCCCCUGGUUCUUUUUGUGGGCCAUAAAUGCAUUAUUUAUAACCAGCUACUGUACAGUCCUCGUACAUAUUAUACGUGAG